UUGCCAGAUGAAAUUGAUAAGGCUAUUGCAAACAUUACACGGGAUAUGAAGAAAAAGCUACCGACAGAAAAUGGUACAAAGGCUGAUAUGAACACGUACUCAGGUACUCGGGUUAUGUUUCAAAAGUGGGAGACUGUAAAGGACCCUAAAACUUUCAUACUUUCACGUCCUAAUAAUGCCAAUACCAAUGCCAACAGUUGUUCUUGUAAAGUAAAAAUAUUGGAUAAUGUAGUAGUCAGCUCAACAAUAAAUAAAAGCAAAGAAGAAGAACGAGUUUCAUUCGAAGAGCUGCUAUUAAAAACUAUUUCACGUAACGACAUACCUAAAACUUCAAAGAAACGGAUAAGUCAAGGAAGUGAAAUACUAACUUACAAAGAUGCACUUCAUCAUCUGAAAAAUGAGAAAGAAAAAAAGGAAAAAGCAGAAGAAACUAAACGGCUAAAAAGACUGAAAAGAGCAAGUUAUAACGAGAACAAAAAACUACUGAUAAAUAAGCCCAAAGCAAAGAAAAAUAAAAGGAAAAAGACCUUAGACUCAGACAGUGAGAGUGAUUGUUCAUAUACUUCAAUGAAUUCUUCAGAAGAUGAAGAACCUGAAGUUUUUUUUUCAAAAUAUUUUGGAAGAAAGCAUUGA